AGAAGCUACCACCCUCUUUCUUAUUCAUCUUCUUAUAUCCCUCUCACGUCUCACCCUUCUAUUUAUAUUCAUUCACUCCAAUUCCUCACUUUCACAUCACAUCACAUUUCCUCCACAACCUCUCUUCCAUUAUCUCCAUAUUUAUUGAAAGGAAAAAUAUUGUUGCUAUUAUUUAUUUAUAUAGUUAGAAGAUGAGUGGGGAAAUGCAACUAAAGAGGUUCAACACAAUGGAGAGAAGGCCUCUUAGAACCCUAAGGGACCUCUUGAGUGAGAAUAAUAAUAAUAGUUAUUAUUAUUGUUCAAACUCAUCAUCAUCAUGUUCUUCAAGUGGAUUCAAAUCACUACCAAGAAGGAUUAAUCAAACAAAUAAAAGUAGCAUGCAAACCCAAAUGAAGAAUCCCUCAACCUUUCAAACCCUAAUAAACACAUUCAAGACCAUCUUAGUGAAGAAAUCACCCUCUAUGAUCUUGCCACGUAGCAUCUCACGCAAGCUUUCGUCAUCAAGAAGGUCAAGCAGAUUAAGGAACCAAACAUUUUGCAAAGGAAGCACUGAUGAAGUUGAAAUCAGCACCGUCAAGAUCAAGGACAUCAUACGGUGGAGAUCUUUCAAGGAUGUUACUGUGGAGGAGGAGCACAAUAACAAAUAUCCACUGUCACAAUCUCAACCGUUGGAUUUUCACCGUUGCAUGAUGAUGGGGUCCACUACUACAACAACUACGACAACCACUACCACGUGUAGUAGCAGCAAUGGGUCUAGCUGGAAUGAGAGUGAUUUUACCUCAAUAGCCUCAGGGUACUCGUCUUCAUGGGAACCACAAAACGACGACGUUUUGAUAAGUGAGAAAUUUCCACUUUCACCCCUUGAUGUUGUUGUCGGCAAGGAUUUGGUGCAACAAAAAACAAAUAUGGCGGGGCCCAAGGAAAUUUCAAGUUUCCAAGAAGAUGAACAACAUAGUCCAAUUUCAGUUCUUCAAAUUGGAAAAGAUGAAUUCCCACACUAUAAUCAAAGCCUUGCCGAUAUUGAAAGAAGAAAACAAAAGGUCAUGGACACCUUUCAAAUAAUUGAGAGCCUUGCAAAAUUUGACCUACCAAACUUAGACCAAUAUAUCAUAUUGGAUGAGAACUUUAGUUAUAAUGAAGAUUGUGAUAAUUAUGAUUGUGAAGUUGAAGAACAAGAUUAUGUUGAGCAAAGGGCAAUGAAGCUACUAAAUUGUGUCAAGGCAACAUGUUCAUUCCAAAGCUAUGAUUUUGAUACUCUAUUGUUAGAUUUUUUCAAGGAGGAAUUAAGUAAGAAUAUUGAUGAUGAGGAGUGUGAAAGUGAGUCAGAGAUGUUGAGAAUAGCUAAGGAAUGGGUAAAAGGGUCAUUUGGUUAUGACAUAGGUCAUGUGAAUAAUUAUGUUUGUAUCAAAGACAUGGAUAAAAGAGGUGAAUGGAGCAAGUUUGAGAAAGAGAAAGAAGAAAUGGUUUUGGAGAUUGAAAAGGAGAUAUUGCAUAGUUUGGUUGCUGAACUUUUGGACUUACAUGAUUAAAUAAUGGAGAUUAUUUUUUCAAAGCUAGGUCCAAGUAGACAAGUAGUUCUUUAAUCCAUGUAAAUGUGCCAAAAUUUAAUUAGCUAAUGACCCUUCUUUUUGGGGUUAGUUUAGUUUUUUACUUAGGCAUAACUCAUGCCUUUUUUUUU